CCCAAAACGUGCGUGUUUUCUUCUGCGAGGUCUCUGAAAUUGGAUUAGAAUCGUUUAAUAAAUUAUAGCAACUAUAUCUAUUUUUGUUAGCUUGAUCCCAUUUCGAACUCAACACUGGGGAGGUUUGUAGCGGCGGCAUUGAUGGUAACGUUACUAGAUUUGGUGGAUGCCACAUGUUUAGAGCUAGCUAACUAGGAUUGGAGUUGUUCUUUUUACGUCGCUGACGGUCCUUACCCUAGGUAGAUUCACUGGAAACACUUUAUUUAACAUCCAGUAGGUCAGAUGGAGAAACCUCCCCUGCCCCAUGAAGAUGACACAGUAGUGACACGAGAUUCUCUGCUGUGUAGCUUGGCUGGUGAGGGUAGUCAGGAGGGUGUAGUGGAGCCCCCGGCUCGGGAUGGCUGGGACAGUAAAGUGGAGUAUUUCCUGGCUCAGGUGGGGUUCAGCGUUGGCCUGGGCAAUGUGUGGAGGUUCCCAUACCUCUGCCACCAAAAUGGAGGAGGGGCCUUUCUUCUCCUGUACGUGCUGCUUAUGAUCCUAGUGGGUAUUCCCCUGUUCUUCCUGGAGCUGGCGGCUGGCCAGUCCAUCCGGCAGGGCAGCAUCGGGGUGUGGAAGCACAUCUCUCCUAAGCUGGCAGGGAUCGGCUACUCCAGCUGUGUGGUGUGUUUCUUUGUUGCUCUCUACUACAAUGUGAUCAUCGGCUGGAGCCUGUUCUACUUGGGGAACUCUUUUCAGUACCCUUUACCUUGGGAAGAGUGUCCUGAACAUGGUAACACAACUGUGGAGGAAUGCACAGCCAGUAGUCCCACCACUUACUUCUGGUUCCGGAAGGCUCUAAACAUUACUGACUCCAUCGAAGAGACGGGCGAGUUUAACCCCGUCAUCACCUGCUGCCUGCUUGCUGCCUGGACCAUCGUCUGCAUGGGCAUGUUCAAGGGCAUCAAGUCUUCUGGCAAGGUGAUGUAUUUCUCCUCGAUCUUUCCCUACGUCGUGCUGCUGUGUUUCCUCAUCAGAGGGCUGAUGCUGGAUGGGGCUGCAGAGGGCAUCAAGUACAUGUUCUACCCUAAGCUGGAGAUCUGGGGUGAGGUGCAGGUGUGGCGCCAGGCGGCCACGCAGGUCUUCUUUGCUCUUGGCCUGGGCUUUGGCUCGGUCAUUGCCUAUUCCUCCUACAACCCGCACAGCAACAACUGCCACCGUGACGCCCUCACUGUUUCCACCAUCAACUUCCUCACCUCCGUCCUCGCCUCGCUGGUGGUGUUCGCCGUGCUGGGCUUCCGCGCCAGGGAAGUCGCCAUGCGCUGCGUGACACGUAACUUGGAGAAGCUGUCUGAGCAGUUUUCCGUGGGGCCCCUUGACCGGGACCUGCUACCCGGGUUUAACAUCUCUGACCCCAGUUUGGUACCACUGGAGGCCUACAGGGAUUGGUUCACGGCUCACGGAGCCAAGGUCCCUGGCAACCUCACCGACUGCAGCCUAGAGGAGGAGAUGAACAAGGGUGUGGAGGGCACAGGUCUGGCAUUCAUAGCCUUCACAGAGGCCAUGACUCUGUUCCCGGGCAGUCCCUUCUGGUCGGCCUUGUUCUUCCUCAUGCUGCUCAACCUGGGCCUCAGCACCAUGUUCGGCACCUUGGAGGGCAUCCUCACACCCCUCACCGACAACUUCAAAGUGCUGAAGCGCCACAAGACCAAGCUCACAGUGUUUAGCUGCAUCGUCGGCUUCCUGAUUGGCAUGCUGUUCACGCAGCGCUGUGGGAACUACUUUGUAAUGAUGUUUGACGACUACUCCGCCACCCUGCCCCUCAUCAUCGUGGUGGUGUUUGAGUGUUUCAGCGUGUCCUGGGUGUACGGCGCUGACCGGUUUCUUGAUGACAUAGAGAAGAUGCUGCACUGGCGCCCCCCUGUGAUUUAUAAGUACCUGUGGAAGUACGUGUGUCUGCUGGCCAUGCUGGGGCUGCUGGGAGCUAGCCUGCUGAGGAUGUGCUUCAAACGGCCCACCUACACCGCCUGGAACAGACAAACGGCCUCAGAGGUGACUCUGGACUACCCUGACUGGGCCCUGGCUGUCCUGGCUGUCCUGAUAAUUUUCGCCACAUUGCCAGUCCCCAUGGGGUACAUCCACUCCACCCUGAGGAGCAGAACUAGACACAACUUCUUAGGAAGUGGCACCGACACAGGGGCUGUAUACACCAAGUGCAGCACCGUGGAGUGCGACACCCCGGUAGCCGAUCUAUUGGACAAACACCUGGAAAGGAACGGCAUACCCAAUGAUUCUCCCUCCCCAUUGGCUGAGGAGAACCUCAGACUCCUCCCACAGAGGGAAGGAGUGGAGGAUAUAGAGGAUUCAACCGACUUGUGAGGGGGAGGAAACAAGGAGAAAACAGACUAAAACUAAGGACUAAAAUAGGGAAAUAUGAGCUGCUAGCUUGCAUGAUGUCAGCUAUAACAUCGUGGGACCAUGGAAGAAUGUGUAUUGAUUGAACAAUUUAUAUUUUUAAGCUGAAAUUACUUGUUUUAAAGAUUGUCUGCUUUCAGAUUUUCUCAAUUUUAAAUGAUUUGAAUGCAGCCAUUUUGGGUUACAUUUCAAUUUUUUAUGCAGUAAGCCAAAAGUGAACAACUUUUUCAGUAGUUGUCAUUAGUGGUUCGUAAGUGAGGUAAUAUGUUGCUGAGACGUUGCCUCAAAUGUUUAAAUCUUCAGCCCACCUCAGGUGUUUUUCCACACUGUUGCUUUUUAACAUCCCACACUUGGUUACAUGGACUAGAGAACUCUUAAGGACUGGAAUGUUCCCUUCCAGCACAGGUUGGCUGGGAAUUGUUCCUUUCACUGUAAAAGUAGGAAAAGUUACACAGACCGCCCCUGUUAAAUGUCCUCCAAAUAUGUGUUGAGGUAACUUGGUGAAUGCAGGUGCAUGCAUACAGUGGGGGGGAAAAGUAUUUGAUCCCCUGCUGAUUUUGUACGUUUGCCCACUGAUAAAGAAAGGAUCAGUCUCUAAUUUUAAUGGUAGGUUUAUAUGAACAGUGA